UGAGCCGACGCGGCCAUGCUGCGCGCGCUGAGCCGCCUGGGCGCGCGGCCCCCGCGCCGGCCCCCUGCCCUGGUGUUGCUCCCCGCGCGCGGCCGCAAGACCCGCCACGACCCGCCAGCCAAGUCCAAGGUCGGACGCGUGACGACGCCGCCCGCGGUCGAUCCUGCGGAGUUCUUCGUGCUGACCGAGCGUUACCGGGAGUACCGCCAGAUCGUGCGCGCCCUCAGGGUGGAGUUUGCGACCGAGGUGCGGAAGAACCUGUACGAGUCCAGAGUCGGGGUCCUGGCCGAGCGCAGAGCCCGGCAGAAGGCCGCCGAGCACCGGGAGAUGAUGGCCUGGAACCGGGCGGAAAACCAGCGGCUGCACGAGCUGCGGAUGGCGAGGCUGCUGCAGGAGGCGCGGGAGCAGGAGCGGCUGCGGGCGGAGGAGCAGGCCCUCAAGGCCCAGGAGACUCAGGCCUGGGUGCAGCUCAAGGAGCGGGAAGUGCUGCAGCUGCAGGAGGAGGCGAAAAGCUUCAUCACCCGGGAGAAUCUGGAGGCGCGAGUAGAAGAAGCUUUGGACUCACCGAAGAGCUACAACUGGGCUAUCACUAGAGAGGGACAGGUGGUCAGGCCACAGGACGAGGGCUCCUAGGGGCCCCAUAAGGACCCUGUAUGUGUGAGGGCAAGAGUGUUGGGCCUGAUCUGAAGUAAAGCAGUUGGUGCCUCUUAUAAGGAAACUUGGCAAGCUGCAGCACGGCCCUCGCAUUGGCCUUUGUACCCACCACUUGGUCAGAAACUUCCAAACACAGGCCCUGUUCUGCCCUUAGCAAUGACCCUCAGCAUAACACCUACCCUAGAGGGGUUUCCAUCUCACUGAGGAGGGGUCCCAGUCCCUGGGGCAGCCAGGUCGUCUCCCUACUAUCAUCAGUGGCAGGAGUGGUCAGUUGCAGCCCAUGAGCCAAAUCUAGCCUACUGUCAACUUUUAUAAAUAAAGUUUUACUGGAACAGA